GCGGCGACAGCGGGCGGGCGGCCGGCUCUGGAGCUGCCUCGAGCGGCCGGGCGGGCGUCGCUGUGGCAGCUGCGGCGCCGCGCAGGCUCGGGCUAGCCCGGCGCGGCCUCGGGCUGCCCAUGGGGCGCGGGGGGCCGGGCCGGUGACGCCGGACGCCCAUGGACGCCCCUGAGGAGCCGCUGCCGCCGGUGGUCUACACCAUGGAGAACAAGCCCAUCGUCACCUAAAAAAUUCCCUCUGAUGUCUGUAGUCGAAGCUGCAGAAUUGAAUGCUUUCAAACGCACGGGCUCACGGAGAGUCCCGAAGUGCAGGCUGACGUUUUGCUGGCCUGCGGGGGGCCGUUGCAGACCUCUGGCGGCUGCUUCUCUCCAGCCAGCUGUUCCCAGUGGUCCUCCGCGCUGAAAGGCAGCGCUCUUUCCGGGGCCGCGUCGGGCAGGCACGCGGGCUGCAGGGGCGGCUCAGGAGGUCUUGAGCCACCCUCCUGUCUCUCUCUCUCUCGCUUUUUUCUGACUCAUGGGUGCUCUCCUUGUGUGCUUCCGCUUGUCAGAUCCCUGGGAAGUUGCAUGUUUAAAGUUGAAGUUUGUUGCUGUAUCUUUAGCUGAGAAACUUUCUCAGGGAAAUGGACGGUGUCACAUCCAAGUUCGGACCCUUGCGUAGGUCAGCCAAGCUUUCUCUUUUCACCAGGACACUUGUCAACUGAAAGUCUUACUCAAGAUUACACUUUCUGUCCGAGAGAACAGGUGUGUGCAGAGCUGACCUGGAGGCCCUGCAGUUAAUUCCCAGGUGCUUUCUGCAUCCUCAGGGAAGAGGAGCCAGGCUGGGGUGGUCUUCCUGUUAGGUUUCCGUGCCUUCCAGACCCUGGAGACUUCUCCCCAAGGGCCUUGCCCCCUGUGAGUGCUGGAUAAAUAUUGCUUGCAGAGGAAUCCGCAAGUCUAAUUAAUCUCUCACACCCCUUAGUUUACAUUUUCAUAGCAAUGUUUCUACAGGUAUUAUGUAAAAACAUCUGAAGAGAAAGUUCCUAAAGCUCUGUUGGGUUGAACUUGACUAAAUGGGUAAAGUGUUAUCCUAGUAGUGUUUGAGACAUGUCUAAUGUUUAGUUUCAUACGCACAUGCAUGAAGACAGCUAAAGGAUGGUUUCCUUUCCUACAAAUUUAUUGUAAAAGCUGUGUUGGUGGAGGUUUUUCCAGUAUUUAAAACUUGUCUGUCCUGCUGGUAUCUCUGUUUUAAAAGGCACAACCACUCAUUCAUUAGAGUCUCAGAGAAGAAAGUGGCUUCAGUAGACUUUCAGAGAAAGUUAGCUUGAAAAAUGAAAAAGAUUCCUUUAAAAGUUAAAGGUUUUUUAACUUUAGAAAGGCUGACUUCCUAGUUUGCACUUGAAAUUCCGUUUUGGUGUGUCUGGGACUUAAGCUCUGGUGAGCACUGCUGUCCUGGUUCCACGUCACACUUUCUUUAUCUUGUUUCAUGCUUUCAGCUGCACUUGGUUUGAAAGGAGCCGCUAGUCUAAGCAACGUAGACAAAGGUGGUAGCAAAAUUGCUUUAAAAAAAUCCGUCUAGAGGCUUUGCUGUUGUGUAUGGAGCUCUCUUAGUAUGUAGCAUUUUAGUUUCAAAAGUCUGUUUAAUACUUUUCCAGCCAUUUACCCUGAGGAGGUUUGUGUUUGUACAUUGUAAAAUGAAAGCAGAGUUUAUGCUCGUUUUCAAUUUUUUUCACAGAAUUUAGAACGUUUUACUUGGAGUGAAAAUCAAUAGUGUGUCAGCCUUUCUGAGAAGAAUGUAGGAUGUUAGCGGUUCAGGUACAUUUAGGAAGUGUUUAUUUGUGGCCUGAGAAGAGUGGAAAGUCCCCAGAGAUUAGGGGUAAACAGAAUAAUCAUUACUCGAAAACCUUGCUAAAUUAUUGUAAUGAUAUUCUGAAGCUACCUAAAAGUUUUAAUGGUCUUCAGUCCGUAAUUAAAAUUUUCCGAAGCUGCUGCCUAAUUGCCUCUGGUGCAGAGUGACUACAUUGGUGGAGGAUCUGCUUAGACUUCCAGGCCUGGUGAAGCUUCUAAAUACCCGAGGAUGUGUCUGAAAUGCACGGGGAUGUCCGCCGAGCAGCCUGCGGUACUAGUGAUAUGAUGAUGUUGGGCGAUGAGUCACCUGCUCAUAGCAGCUUGAAUACCUCUGGUAUAACUUACUAAUGAAGAAUGAUGCACAGUGAAUCUGAAACAAAUCCAGCAGGCCCAUGUGGUCUAAAUGGUUCCAGAUCUGACAUUAGGAAUUUUCAAAAGGGGAAAAAGCAACAAAAACGAGCAGAUCUACAGUGCUGUGUACCUGGUUGGAGUAUUUUUCCUCCCCGUGCCGGAGAUCAGAAUUUAUUUACAUCUGUUUAUCCGACGCUUUCUCAGCAGCUCCCGAGAGAACCAAUGGAAUGGAGAAGGUCCUAUGGCCGAGCUCCAAAGAUGAUUCACCUAGAAUCUAACUUUGUUCAAUUCAAAGAGGAGCUGCUGCCCAAAGAAGGAAACAAAGCUCUGCUUACUUUCCCCUUCCUUCAUAUUUAUUGGACGGAAUGCUGUGAUACUGAAGUGUAUAAAGCUACAGUAAAAGAUGACCUCACCAAGUGGCAGAAUGUUCUGAAAGCUCAUAGCUCCAUGGACUGGUUAAUAGUGGUAGUUGAAAAUGAUGCCAAGAAAAAAAACAAAACCAACAUCCUUCCCCGAACUUCUAUUGUGGACAAAAUAAGAAAUGAUUUUUGUAAUAAACAGAGUGACAGGUGUGUCGUGCUGUCCGACCCCUUGAAGGACUCCUCCCGAACUCAGGAAUCCUGGAAUGCCUUCCUGACCAAACUCAGGACAUUGCUUCUUAUGUCUUUUACCAAAAACCUAGGCAAGUUUGAGGAUGACAUGAGAACCUUGAGGGAGAAGAGGACUGAGCCAGGCUGGAGCUUCUGUGAAUAUUUCAUGGUGCAGGAGGAACUUGCCUUUGUUUUUGAGAUGCUGCAGCAGUUUGAAGACGCCCUGGUGCAGUACGAUGAGCUGGAUGCCCUGUUUUCUCAGUAUGUUGUCAACUUUGGUGCUGGGGAUGGUGCCAACUGGCUGACUUUUUUCUGCCAGCCGGUGAAGAGCUGGAACGGAUUGAUCCUCCGAAAGCCCAUAGAUAUGGAGAAGCGCGAAUUGAUACAGAGGCAAGAAGCCACCCUGUUAGAUCUGCGCAGUUACCUGUUCUCUCGCCAGUGCACCCUGCUCCUCUUCCUGCAGAGGCCAUGGGAGGUGGCUCAGCGCGCCCUAGAGCUGCUGCACAGCUGUGUGCAGGAGCUGAAGCUCCUGGAAGUCUCCGUGCCGCCUGGCGCCCUGGACUGCUGGGUGUUCCUGAGCUGCCUGGAGGUGCUGCAGAGGAUAGAAGGGUGCUGCGACCGGGCGCAGAUAGACUCGAACAUCGCCCACACCGUGGGUUUGUGGAGCUACGCCACGGAGAAGCUGAAGUCCUUGGGCUAUCUGUGUGGACUUGUGUCAGAAAAGGGACCUAACUCAGAAGACCUCAACAGGACGGUUGACCUUUUGGCAGGCUUGGGAGCCGAGCGGCCCGAAACAGCCAACACAGCUCAGAGUCCUUAUAAGAAACUCAAAGAAGCAUUAUCAUCUGUAGAAGCUUUUGAAAAACACUACUUAGACUUGUCCCAUGCCACCAUAGAAAUGUAUACAAGUAUUGGGAGAAUUCGGUCUGCUAAGUUCGUUGGAAAGGAUCUGGCGGAGUUUUACAUGAGGAAAAAGUCUCCCCAGAAGGCCGAAGUCUAUCUUCAAGGAGCCUUGAAGAAUUACCUGGCUGAGGGCUGGGCCCUGCCUCUCACACACACAAGGAAGCAACUCGCUGAGUGUCAGAAACACCUCGGGCAAAUUGAGAACUACCUUCAGACCAGCAGCCUCCUGGCCGGCGACCGGCACCUGACUGAGGACGAGCGGGAGCACUUCUGCAGGGAGAUCCUGAGCUUCGCCCGCCGGCAGACAGGCAGCCCAGGUCACAAAAUAGUACUCCCUAUGCAUUCUUUUGCACAAUUGAGAGAUCUCCAUUUUACCCCUUCCAAUGCUGUGGUCCAUGUGGGUGGUGUCGUGUCCGUGGAGAUAACCGUGUGCAGUCAGAUGCCAGUGCCCGUCCCCGUGGAGCAGGUCGCCAUCAACGUCCACUUCAGCAUCGAGCAGAACAGCUACCGGAAGACUGCCGAGUGGCUCACCAGGCACAAGACGGCCAACGGGAUGGUCAGCUUUCCUGCAGAGACCUCACCUUUCCCCACGUCCCGGAACAGCCUGCCCGCGCUGGAGCUGUACGAGAUGUUGGAGAGAAGUCCUUCCGACAAUUCCUUGAACACAACAGGGAUCAUCUGCAAAAAUGUUCACAUGCUUCUGAGGAGGCAGGAGAGCGGCGCAUCUCUGGAAACAUCAGCAGGUGUGACUCUGGAGGAUGGGGCCCAUGUGCUGAAGUGCACCGAUGUGACUCUGGAACCAGGGCCCAACACGAUAACAUUCCAGACGCAGGCCAAGGAGCCAGGAACGUACACGCUGCGGCAGCUGUGCGCCUCGGUGGGCCCGGUGUGGUUUGUCCUUCCUCACAUCUACCCGCUGGUGCAGUACGACGUGUACUCGCAGGAGCCGCAGCUGCACGUGGAGCCGCUGGCCGAUAGCCUUUUGGCUGGUAUUCCUCAGAAGGUCAAGUUCACUAUCACUACUGGCCAUUAUACAGUAAAAAACGGGGACAGCCUCCAGCUCAGCAAUGUAGAAGCCAUGCUUAUCCUGUGUCAUGAAGAGAACAGAGCUGUGAUCUAUUCCAACACGAGAGAAAAGGCUUCUGAUGCGUCGCUCCGGGUUCAGUCGUCCGACAAGGUCACGAGCAUCAGUCUGCCGGCUGCGCCUGCAUAUCACGUGAUCGAAUUUGAACUGGAAGUUCUCUCUUUACCUUCAGCCCCGGCAGCUGGAGGGGAGAGCAUCGGGCUGGGGAUGACAGAGCCCCAUGGGAAGCAUGAGGACACGCAGAAAGCCGGCCAGCGCAUGGCAACCAUGGACCACAAAGUGUCCAUCGACUGCCCGUGGUCCAUCUACUCCACCGUCAUCGCGCUGACGUUCAGCAUGCCCUUCAGGACCACGCACUCCCUGCUGUCGGCCGGGACCCGGAAGUAUGUUCAAGUGUGUGUCCAAAACUUGUCAGAACUUGACUUUCAGCUGUCAGAUAGUCAUCUUGUGGAUACUGGUGAGAGUACCGACCUGCAACUAAUACCGCUGAACACAGAGUCUGAACAGCGCGCCCACAGCAGGCAGGCGGUGUUCUUUGUCUGGGAGCUGAAGUGGACCCGGGAGCCGCCCCCUUCUCUGCACUGCCGGUUCUCCGUCGGAUUCUGCCCCGCUUCUGAGGAACGGCUGUCUGUCUCCCUGAAGCCCUAUACCUGCGAAUUCCAAGUGGAGAACUUCUUUACCUUGUAUAACGUGAAGGCGGAGAUAUCGCCCCCUCCGGGGGUGGAGCACUGUAGGACCGGCGCGCUCUGCUCCCUGGAGGUGUCCAUCACGCGGCUCUCGGACCUCUUGGAGGUGGACAAGGAUGAAGCGCUCACAGAGUCUGACGAGUAUUUUUCCACAAAGCUUAUGUAUGAAGUUGUGGACAACAGCAGCAACUGGGCGGUGUGCGGGAAGAGCUCCGGUGUCAUCUCCAUGCCUGUGGCUGCUCAGGCAACUCACAGAGUCCACAUGGAGGUGAUGCCCCUCUUCGCGGGCUACCUGCCCCUCCCCGACGUCAGGCUGUUCAAAUACCUCCCCCAUCACUCUGCGCACUCCUCACAGCUGGAUGCGGAUAGCUGGAUAGAAAACGACAGCCUGUCAGUGGACAAGCACGUGGACGACCAGCUGGAUGGGGGCAGCGUGCAGAGCAGGGGCAGCGUGCGCACGGCAGCCGGCAGCGAGCACAAGGGCCUGCCCAUGCCCCGGCUCCGGGCGCUGCCCCCUGGCCAGGCCUUCAACGCCAGCGCGGGCACGCAGGUCCUGGUCAUCCCCAGCAGAGACGACCAUGUUCUUGAAGUCAGCGUCACAUGACCACGCCCGGGGCUCACACAGUCCCCAGACCAGGCGGGCGUGCACGCGACAGGAUCCUGACUCGAUGGUAACCUCCUCGCUCUAACCAGACUUUUGGUGAUUUUGCCCGGCCGUGGAAGCACCCGAGACGUUCAGCGUGCAGCUGGCCAUCAUUGUUUGUGCGUGUCCGGGGUGCACGACGCCUUGUUAUUUUCUCAUCUCCCCAUCCCUGUGCGGCUGUCCUCCAGGGUUUGCCCAGAACCCUGCCUUGCCCCUCACACACCCCUGCUCAGGAGAGAGCUGCUAGGGCUCUCUCCCCUGAGCAGCCUGUCAUCUGCUGGUUCUCUGUGGAAGCCCAGGGGUCUUAUUAGUGACACGUGUGCCUUUCUGGUCACACGGCUGCCCAAGUUCUGGACCAGGUGGAUUUGUAUGUCUCCCAAGGGGUAAAACACAGUCCUUUACCCCAGAUCAUCUAGUUGUGCUUUUCUAGAAUAACACCCUUUCUUGUGGGGGGCGGGGGACAAAACCCCUCGUGUGCCUUGGGAUGUCGACUGGGUGGGCCUGGAGCAUCCGUCAGCUGGAGCCAUUUUAAAGGUACUUUAAGACUAGACCAGGGCAUGAGAAACAAGUUGGUAUUAAAAUAAUUUAGGAACAAAUGUUUCUGGAGCCCCUUCUCCCUUCUCCCCCAUGCUGAUUAGGUAUCGUAUACACAUGGAGUUAAAUAUAUAUUUAUUUUAAUUAUCAUUAUAUUUGUGGGGGUUAAUAUGUUGUUUUCCUCUCACCUUUAAAGUCUUUACAUGUAAUUGUAACUGUAUAAUCUGUAUUUUUCUUUUGCACCUUAAGUCUCAGAAAUUAAGAGGUUCCAUUUAAACGACGACUCGAAGGGUCUUCUCAGUGUACUUCUUAGUCUGGUUGUAGGAAGGACGAAAGUCUUGGACUGUUAUUCUCUGCUCUCCACUAGGUUGCAGUCAUACCAUACAAAUGGAUUAAUUUGCUUUAGAUUGUAAAUUUAAUUGUACAUAUGGUCGAUUUAUUAUUUUUAAAAGUACAGACUAACUGAUAUAAUGUUUAUGUAUAAGUUGCACCAAAAACCAAGGAAAAAAUAAAUGUGUUUGUUUUUAUUGGUGUGAAAGUCACAGCUUGUAAAUAAGUGUUGUAUGUAUUAAACCUUUUCCAGCUCUCCAAAGCAAUGUAUUUUUGUACAUAUGAAAUAGAGAACUCUUAAUUCACUGGGAAAGUGUGGUUGGAAUUGAAUUUGACCAGAUUAAUGCAAGUGAGUCUAGUCGGUCCAGCAGAGGGCGGGGCCUCGUGAAUAGCCUCAGAUGUGUGAGCCUUAGAGGAGAAGGAGGAGCCUUCCAGCUGCCUGUCUGGGCGUCACCAGCCUGUGGCGGGGGCAGGAGGGCACCUGGCAGAAGGCACAUAGAGCAGAGCCGCCGUUUUCUCUCCUGUACGUGGGCUUUUUAGCUUGCUUAACAAAUAAACUUGGUGAUUCCACCCCCCCCCCCCGCCCCGCCCCAGUUUUCAUUUAUAGCAACUGGAGAAGUGUACAAAGAAGAUAAGUACUUUUAUGUUUAAUUAAAUUUCUCAGAAAUUUGCCUUCCUUAUAUGCAGUGUGAAACUAAUAGACCAGGCGCGUUGGAAGUUCAGGCUCUAGUGAUGAUUUAGGGCUUCUAACAUGCGUUUUAUUGUAAACAUUGAUGAUUGCGCUACAGACCCGCCAAGCCCUGUGAAUGAAGAGAUCUUCCGUCCUUUAUUCUGCCAUGAAAGCCUCUCCUCCGCGUGGUGAGCCUCAGAGCCCAGGGAAGGAACCCCUCCUCCGGUGUAGUGUAGCAUUCCCUCUCACCUUCUGGAAGGGGGAAAGGGAGUCAGUGCUUCCCUGAUUUCUGGUUGACUUUUGUGCUGGGUUCUGAUCCCAGGAUGAAAUUCUCUAAUUACAUACGUAUUUAGAGGGGAAAAAAUGAAGGGGAAAUCCAAAAUGUUUAUAGUAGUUUCUUAUGUCUGGAAAGUGAAUGAAAUCAAAUUUAUCACAGGUUUGUUUUUCUCCCCCUGAUUACCCAGAAGGUCUUUUCGCGAUCUAAGUUACAUGGGUGCCUCUGUUGUUGUUCUUGUUGUUUUUAACACAAAUGAAGACUGUCACCUAAAACUUCGUCUUUUUUUUUUUAACUAAAAAGCUGUAAUUGGAUUUUUGUUGUAUUUAAAAUAAGGCUUAUGUGUUUGAGACAAGCUGGUUUUGUUGGCGAAGAUGUAGCAGCUGUUAAACAAUUGCGAAGCCAGAUAUCAAAUGUGCAUCUAAGAAACAAUAUGCAGCCAUUUUACAAAUACCUGUGGAAGAUGUAAAUACUUAGCAAAUGAAAAAAAUGUUAUAAUUUUGGUGAAUUUCAUAGGGUGUCCUAUGAUUGGAAAAAUUAUAACUCUUCUGACUGUGAUGUGGAAACUGCCGCACUUGAUCUAAGAAUGGCCUCUGCCACAGCUCCAUCACCUGCGCAGCCGCAGCAGGUCUGGCCCCACGUGCAUCUCCAUUGGUGGCGCUGGGUGCCCUGUAGAGGGUUAGCAGAGAGGACACACAGGCCUCUAGUCAGUGUUUCUUCAGUGUUUAAAAUAAAAGUGAGCUAUAAAAUGAAAUUAAAGAAACACUCCAGGUGUGUGUAUAAAAUGAAAACUUAUAGUACUUUUUAUAAAAGAACAAACUAGGCUGAUGUAAAUGUUUUAUUGUCAACUGUGAUCUUUAAAAGAAAUCAAUCCUAUGUGAUUUUAAAAUUUGAUUUUUCGUGAAAAUGCCCCUUUCUCUAAGUGCAUCCUACGCAUCAGGCUGUGAGACCCAAAAGCAGUGUUAGGACGGUGUGCUGGGAUUCUGCGGCUGGAAAAGGUGACAAAUUGGUGACUUUGAUACAGCAGGCAUUAACUCCAUUUUCGUGGUUUACUAUGGGAGUCAUUUUCCACAUUAUUCUGUAAUAUAUUGUUAGACUGAAGCCGUUGUAUUAAGACUUUAAA